GAGCUCAAGGUUAACAGGAAGCAGCUUGUUUGGAUGCGCUAGAGACCGCGACGAAGUCAGUUUGCUGUUGUAUAUUCAGCAACACAUUCAGGUCAUAUAGGUAUCGUGCUCCCCAACAGCAAACAGACUUCACCAUUGUAAAUUGGAGUGGAGCUUACCGGGGACCAAAACAAGCCUCUACAUAGAUAGCGAUUGAAGGUAAGGUUCCAUUUAUUUUGAUAAAUGGGUUUAUCACAUAUGACACUCUGACUGACUCACUCUCUCUGGAGUCGAUGUAAGCAGUGGUUCAUUGCAAGACAAGAUAAAAACACUUAGUGUUCACUAACAUUAGCUAGCUAACUGUUAAUGCUAGUUUGCUGUUGUCAACUUCUUCGGCUAACGUCUGUUAGCAUUAGCCUGCUACCCGUUUGAAGAGACUUGUCAGAAACUUCUGGAAACGUGUGGCUAGCUUGGCUACGUUACUGUUGUUCAGAAUAUCCUCUUGUGCCAAAACAGUUAACAGUACUCUACUAAUGACUGAAAAAGAGGAGACUAUGGACGCCUCUGAUAGCCAUGACAGUGCGCCAUCAGCAAAGAAGAAUGGACGAACCUCGCUGCUGGACAGCGGGGAGGACUUUGAGGUUUUAGAUGAAGAAGACAUUGACGACGAACCCCCUCCUCUGGAAGAUGCCGGGGGUGGGAAGGGGAAAAACACAGAUGAGUCUGAAAAGACAAAUGCAGACACAGAUCCCGACCCUCUAGGUCCGGUGGAAGAAUGGCUGGAUGUAUUAGGUAAUGACCAACUGAAGAAAAAAGUCCUGGAGGCAGGGGAAGGGCGAGACAGUAGGCCGCAGAAAGGACAAAAUGUAAAGAUUAAUCUUAAAACAUACCUGAAGGACGGGACACUUGUAGAAGAGCAGCCUGACCUCUCUUUCACUCUUGGAGAUGGGGAUGUCUUCCAGGCUCUGGAUCUCACAGUGCAGCUCAUGGAAAUGGGAGAGAAGGCCCUCAUCCAGACUGAUGCAAAAUAUGCAUAUGGUGCCCGGGGGAGUCUUGAACCUGAGGUUCCCCCCAAUGCUGAGCUGUCCCUAGAAGUGGAACUACUGGAAGCUACUGAUGCCCCAGACCUGGAGCUGCUGACCCCUGCAGAAAAGAUUGCCCUGGCCAGCCGUAAAAGAGAGCGAGGCAAUGUUCAGUAUCAGCGUGGGGACUACGCUUUCGCUGUCAACUCAUACAGCAUUGCCCUGCAGAUAACAGAGUCUAGUUCUAAAGUUGACAUUAGUCCUGAGGAGGAGAAUGAGCUGAUAGAUGUAAAAGUGAAGUGUUUAAACAACAUGGCUGCUUCUCAGCUGAAACUGGACCACUAUGAUGCAGCACUUAAAUCUUGUGUCUCAGCACUGGCACACCAGCCAGACAACAUAAAAGCACUUUUCCGCAUGGGCAAGGUACUUGCCCUGCAAGGUGAAUACACAGAAGCCAUUCAAACUUUGAGGAAGGCACUGAAGUUGGAACCAAGCAACAAGACUAUCCACGCAGAGCUCUCCAAGCUGGUGAAGAAGAACUCUGAGCAGAGAGGAGCAGAGCAGGCCAUGUAUAAGAAGAUGCUGGGUAACCCUGCUAGUAGUAGCAGCAGCAGCACACAGAAACACCGGGCCAAGUCUUCAUGGGGUCUCAGCUGGAAGUGGCUAUUUGGUGCCACUGCAGUAGCCAUUGGCGGUGUCGCAUUAUCUGUUGUGAUAGCUGCUAGAAACUGAACCAAGCCUGUAGCGAUGGCCUGACCAAGCCACUGCAAUGUGAGAGCCUAAACACAGAAGCACAUCUAGGCAGUGCCUUCUGGCCUUUGGUCAAAGGAGGUGGAAAUGUCAGUCGGUCAGUUGCCUCUUCACUGUCACUCUCCUUUCUCUGCUAUGUUUGAGAACAAUAUGUGACAAAUAAUAAAACAUCAAUAUUUGCAUAUGGGAACUCUUAUUUCCAAACUUAGAAAUGUGUAGGUUUAUGCAUAUCCGUCACGUUGCCAGACACUGUUUUCUUUUGCUGCCAUUGUUUUUGUCUUUCUUAGUUAAUGUUGGAAAUUAAUUAUUUAAGCAUUGAAAUAAAACAUAGUUUACCAUAGAUUGAGAUAGCAGCUAUUUAAAAAUUAUUAUUAUUGUGAUAUGGUCCUAUGUUAUGCUAUAGUUUUAAAGCGUCAGACUGUUCAGUUAAAUUUAUAUUUCCUAUCCAAGCAUAUGUGAUUUCACUGUGUUUUGAUUAUAGUUACAAUGUUUAAUGUCCACUGGUGUAAUGCAGAUGCUUUAUUAUUUGAGGUCCACAUGAUGGCUAGGUACCUGGCUUGUGUGCUAGGUCGCACACCCUUUCUAUAGACUCUACUCAUACACUAAGUGACCAGAAAAAUAGAAACACGUGUACAAUGUGAUGCAAUACAGCAAUCGCUUUAUGUUCAUACUGUUUAUGGUGCCAAUUGAGGCUGGAGUUUGUUUUGAUGUUAUACUGAAAGGUGUCUAAAAUUAUAUCCACCUCAUUAACAAAUAUGGAGGAGCAAAAAUAUACACCUUACAACAUAAUGCAGUUAAAUAAAAUACAACAAACUGCAGCCUCAAAAAGUACCAUGGAAUUGAAUCAACGCCUAUCGGACACAGCGUCGACAGUAACAAACAAAAAUAAUACAAUUUCACAAAGGUGGUUUAUACAUAUACAUGGCUGUGUAUUGGAUGGAAAUUCAAUGCUGGAGGGUUUCAAAUUUCCGGUUCUCUUGUGUAUACAUGCUUUAAAGCAUCAGGUAAAGUAGAUAUACUGUACUUUUGUUUCAACAUUUGAACAAUGACUAAUUUCCUAAUAGAGGUGCAGUUAUUACCUUUUUAAAAUAAGGACAGAGAAUGGUACACAGAGUUACUCAGUGAUGUGGCUAUGAAUAAUGCUGAAGGAGAGUUUAUUUUUAUUCAGUUUCAGUCAAUUAUACCUCAAUUUGUGAUGAUUAAGACGUGAAGGAUGACCCUUCAAGUACAGUGUUGGGUGUAUAUGUUUUUUUUUUUCUCCCCUAUAUUUUUUGCCUGUGAAGUUUUCCUUUAAUUAUGUUCCUUUGGGUGUUUAUUUAUUCCACGGUUUUUGAUCACUUCUUACAUAUAUUGCAUAAUUAUGAAGCCACUUAAUCUGUGGCUUUUUCAGAGUAGAUGGUAGGCCUGCGGGGCCAAAAGUUGCAUAAACUCUUUAACAGCUGGUGACAAAUGAAGUGGUCACAAAAGUUCCUGGCAUUCCCUGCAUUUGUUAAUUUUAUAUUCAUCACAAUAAAAUGUGUCUGUUAUCAAA